GGGGGAUGAUCAGUGGAGUCUUCUAUUUUGCUAUUUGGUUCUGCCUCCCUAAUUCAAAUAUGUGGUUAACUUUAUGAGGCUUCUAUGAACAUUUGAAAAGAAUGUGUACUGUUUAUAGCAGAGGUCCUCAUCCCUGGGUCAUGGACCAGUACAGAUCAGUGGCCCCUUAGGAUCCAGGCCACACAGCAGGAGGUGAGCGGCAGGCUAGCAAGUGAAGCUUUGUAUGUAUUUACAGCCAUUCCCCAUAACUCACAUUACCACCUGAGCUCCCCCUCUUUUCAGAUCGGUGGCAGCAUUAGUUUCUCAUUGGAGAGUGAACCCUAUUGUGAACUGUGCAUGCAAGGGAUCUAGGUUGUGUGCUUCUUAUGAGAAUCUUAUGCCUGAUGAUCUGUCACUGUCUCCCACCAUCCAAAGAUGGGACUGUCUAGAUGCAGGAAAACAAGGGUGCUGGAAAUAUAAAGAAGAAUAGACUGUUCAUUCCUGAUGGCUUUUAGUCUAUACUAACAUAUUGUUUGUGAUGGCAUCUGAGACUGAAAAGACCCAUGCUUUACUGCAGACUUGUAGCACUGAAUCUCUUAUUUCCAGCCUUGGUCUGGGGGUAUUUUGCCUUGUGGCUGACAGACUUCUUCAGUUUUCCACAAUUCAGCAAAAUGACUGGCUUCGCGCUCUCUCAGAUAAUGCAGUACAUUGUGUGAUUGGCAUGUGGUCAUGGGCAGUAGUCAUUGGAAUCAAGAAGAAGACUGACUUCGGAGAAAUCAUUUUAGCUGGAUUUUUAGCAUCUGCUAUUGAUGUCGACCACUUUUUUCUAGCUGGAUCCCUAUCUUUAAAGGCUGCUUUGACUCUUCCACGAAGACCUUUCCUUCACUGUUCUUCUGUAAUACCUGUCGUGGUUCUGACCCUGAAAUUUACUAUGCACCUUUUCAGGCUCAAAGACUCAUGGUGCUUUCUUCCCUGGAUGUUAUUUAUAUCCUGGACUUCACACCAUAUCCGAGAUGGGAUUCGUCAUGGUUUGUGGAUAUGCCCAUUUGGAAAAACUUCUCCUUUGCCAUUCUGGCUUUAUGUAAUAAUCACAUCAUCUUUACCUCACAUCUGUUCAUUCAUUAUGUAUUUAACGGGAACCAGACAAAUGAUGUCUUCAAAACAUGGAAUUCGUAUUGAUGUCUGAGGUAACCACACGGCAGUCUUAGAGAAGCAAAUGGCUCAGAUGAUGAUAAUUAAGAGUAGCCACCAUUAAAGUUAAUUUUUAAAAACACAGGUGUUUAUAUUAUUUAAUUAUUAUAAUUCUGCUCUUGCUCAGGAAGCAUGUACAACUUUAAAAAAAUUAUACUUUUUAUUAUUCUAUUUCUCUCUUCUAUGAAACUCUAGUGCAAUAUUAGAGUUUCAUUUAUUCCAUGAUGUAUUUUAAUUGUUUUUUUUCUUCUGUUUAUCUGGCAUUACUAGUAGUUCUGUUAGAUUAACAUCCUGUUUAUUUUCUGGAAAUAUACCUGAAAUUUGUCCAUUUCUUAAUGAAAAACAGCUCAUAUUUUAGGACAACUAAUUUUUAAAGUGUUAACAUGUUAUUUGGAUCCACAUUUUCUUGAGAUAUUGAAAUAGUGAAAUUGCCAAAUAAAUGAUAUGAAUCAUUUAACUAUACAAAUGUAUAGUUAAUGCUAACAUGUAUUUAUUUUCAUAAAUGUUGAUCCUGACUGAAGUUUAAUUUGCAGAAUGCUUUAUGAGUUAUGAUUACUGGCAGAAUCUUCUUCAGAGCACUUGUGACACAUCAUUAUAAUAUCCAGUAACUAACAUUAGAUCUAGCUUAUUUCAGAAAUUAAUUUAGGAAAUAAUUAUUAAAACAUGUUGGCUAUAGUAACACUUUACUGAAGUAGUAUUUUUUUAGUAUCUCUAGCCUAGAAUCUCAUGUGUUAGUGUUUUAACUGUUUUGAAAAACAAAACUAAAUUUAAUAUUUGUUAAUAAAUAACUUUAAUAAAAUAUCGAUACUUGGAUCAUAACCAUAACAUUUUAAUUCAUGCAAAAAAAUAAUGACCAGGAAUGUCAUUUCAAAUGUAAAUUCCUGAAUGUACCAUCAAAAUUGUUUUCAUUGCUAUCAGUUGUUUAUAUGCUAUUCUAAAACACUUUACUAGUUAAAUUUUUUUUUAUUCAUCCUGAUACUGAAAGACAGGAUAUAUUUUUUUCAAAAUAAAGUUUGAGGAAAUUUGCUUUUUCCUUUGUUCUUUCAGGUUGAUCUUCUAUUAAAAUGAUUCCUCUUUAGUAGAGAAGGAAAAUUUAGUUGCUAUACAUCUUGUAUUUGCAGUUUCAUGUUACUUUGAUAUUCAAGUCAGUGACCUAAAGGUACCUGCUUUUCUUUUGGCAUAUGUGCUAUCUGUUGUCUUCAGAUUUUCUUACAGUUUUGUGAUUUAUAAUGCUAGUGAUUGUUGUGCCUUAUUCUCUGAGGAAGGGUGGAGGGUUCAUAAAGCAAUGCCUUAUCCACAGCAGAUUUUCUUGUAUAUUAAGUUAAACAGAGUUCUGUAAAUUAUUAUGAAGCUUCAAGCUUUUUAGGAGAGUUUUUUUCCUUGUUAACAAAUUGGUUGCAAUCUGUUAUAUUUUGCAAUUGAUUAGAUAUUACAGUCUAAUUAUUAUUUUUCAAGAGUAAUUAUUGUAUAAGUUUGGUUGGUUUAAUGGUAAAUAUUAUAUAGGGGGAUAAAUUUGAUUAGAAAUUUUUUUAAGCAUUCAACUUCAGAAAUACAUGGAAAUAAAGUCUGUAUCUUGUGUAACAAUUCCUGA